AUGAAGGUCAUCUCUGGCACCAGCCUCGUGCUGUGCGGCCUGCUGCUGCUCCAUGCCCCAUGCACACUUGGCCUCGCACCCCCGUCCAGAGGGCACCUCUGUCGGACGCGGCCCACGGACCUGGUGUUUGUUGUGGACAGCUCGCGCAGCGUGCGGCCAGUGGAGUUUGAGAAGGUGAAGGUGUUCCUGUCCCAGGUCAUCGAGUCCCUGGACGUGGGGCCCAAUGCCACCCGCGUGGGCCUGGUCAACUACGCCAGCGCCGUGAAGCAGGAGUUCCCGCUGCGGGCCCACGGCUCCAAGGCCGCGCUGCUGCAGGCCGUGCGCCGCAUCCAGCCACUGUCCACGGGGACCAUGACGGGCCUGGCCAUCCAGUUCGCCAUUACCAGGGCCUUCAGCGAAGCCGAGGGCGGUCGCGCCAGGUCCCCCGACAUCAGCAAGGUGGUCAUCGUGGUGACAGACGGGAGGCCCCAGGACAGCGUGCGCGACGUGUCUGCGCGGGCCCGGGCCAGCGGCAUCGAGCUGUUCGCCAUCGGCGUGGGCCGCGUGGACAAGGCCACGCUGCGGGAGAUCGCCAGCGAGCCGCAGGACGAGCACGUCGACUACGUGGAGAGCUACAGCGUCAUCGAGAAGUUGUCCAAGAAGUUCCAGGAGGCCUUCUGCGUGGUGUCAGACCUGUGUGCCACGGGAGACCACGACUGUGAGCAAGUGUGCAUCAGCUCCCCCGCCUCCUACACCUGUGCCUGCCACGAGGGCUUCACCUUGAACAGUGAUGGCAAGACCUGCAAUGUCUGCAGCGGUGGUGGUGGCAGUUCAGCCACUGAUCUGGUCUUCCUUAUCGAUGGAUCCAAGAGUGUGCGGCCGGAGAACUUUGAGCUGGUGAAGAAGUUCAUCAACCAGAUCGUGGAUACGCUGGAUGUGUCGGACAAGCUGGCCCAGGUGGGGCUGGUGCAGUACUCGAGCUCCGUGCGCCAGGAGUUCCCGCUGGGCCGCUUCCACACCAAGAAGGACAUCAAGGCAGCUGUGCGGAACAUGUCCUACAUGGAGAAGGGCACCAUGACUGGGGCUGCCCUUAAGUACCUCAUCGACAAUUCCUUCACUGUGUCCAGUGGGGCUCGGCCCGGGGCCCAGAAGGUGGGCAUCGUCUUCACGGAUGGCCGGAGCCAGGACUACAUUAAUGAUGCUGCUAAGAAAGCCAAGGACCUUGGCUUUAAGAUGUUUGCCGUGGGCGUGGGCAAUGCGGUGGAGGACGAGCUGAGGGAAAUUGCCUCCGAGCCUGUGGCUGAGCACUACUUCUACACUGCUGACUUCAAGACCAUCAACCAGAUUGGCAAGAAGUUGCAGAAGAAGAUCUGCGUGGAGGAAGACCCGUGUGCCUGCGAAUCCAUUGUGAAAUUCCAGGCCAAAGUGGAGGGGCUGCUGCAGGCCCUGACCAGGAAGCUGGAAGCCGUGAGUAAGCGGCUGGCCAUCCUGGAGAACAGAAUCGUCUAAGGCCACCUGUCCGGCUAUGGCCUCUCCAUCUCCCGGCCCCAAGAGCAGCUCAGAGUCCCGCGUGUGUCCCCUAGAGCCCCAGUUUAGUCAAGCUUUGCCAUUUCAGUGAGGGGGCUGGGGAGGGGCAGGGCCCCCGGAAGGCACGAGGCCCCCCCACCCCUGCCAUCCUGCGAGCCCUGGCGGGGAGUGUGUGUCUGAGCGUGUGCUGGGAGCAUGUGUGCGUUUGGGAGCACGUGUGUGCCUGAGGGCAGGCGUGUGUCUGGGAGC